UCGUCGUUGCUGUCGGUUGUUGGGUGGAAAAUCGAUACGGUCACACCAACACACAGUAGGGAGUGCGAGUAAAAUACCAGGCGGUGACACGGGCGCGCGAUGGUCUGUGGUACCGAUGUAUCGGAAAAGUGAAAAUUUUCUCGCCAGUUGCAGAUUUGACGUUUGGCUAACAGCAAGUUCUCCUGGAGCGAGCCAUUGGUGUCUAACGCGACGCGGUUUUUUUUUUCCAUUUUCCUGAGGUCCCUGGCGGCUGGCCGUGGUCUUUGGUUUCGAUUUUCAACGCAUUCGGCGGAGAACGUAGGGAAUGGAAAAUUGAAUUCUUUUCGUGCGAAUCGGGAGUGUCGAGUGUAGGAAUUGACGGAAUUCUUGGAGUGUAAAUUGGUUAUCGAAAGGAUUGCGGAAGGAUUUCACAGUGUGGACGUACCGGUGAGGCAGAAAAAGUUGCGAUUCUGUGGAUAUUCUCACGAAAGAGUACUGAGUGUUAAGAAUUCCAUUCAUGACAGGUGUGAAAACGAGGACGGAGCUGAAAGAAUACUUGUGUACAUAUUUUAUUUUUAGCUCGACAGGAUUGUUAUUAAAUCAAUAAUUCUUUUUCCUUUCGGAUAACCUCAGAGUAAUUGCGAAUCAUACGAGUGUGAGGAAAAAUUAGUGCUGGAAAGUGGCACACUGGCCAAAGAAGAAUUUUCCUUCCAAGAGGAUACGGAAAUGUCAAAUGACAUAAUUGUAGCCAACUUCGAACGACUCCUGCCCUAAUCUCUACGACGAAGUGGUUGCUUUGCUCUGUUUAAAUCGGUGUCAGUGUGUGUGUGUUCCAAUACAGGAGGAAGAUUGUGUAUUGAAAGUAGAACCGAGUGUUUAAGGAAAGCAGAACAAUUCAAUAAACAGUAGUGAGCCACCAAAUUGGAUUAUUUUUCGAAGAAAACAACAGCUCGCAUUACGGGGCUACAACAUACUUGCAAAUUCCCUGAUUGCAGCCAUCAUCGCCUGGUUCCGGUGGUGUUAUUGUCGCCCAAUCACCGAUAUGUCCAUCGCUUGGGUGAAAUCUACCGGUCACCAAGCUUAUCAAUAAUUCCCAUGCUGAGCCCAUAGAAGCGGUACUCACUCAGUCUCUCUCUCUCCUCGGUGUGUCUCGUUUUGGGACCGGUGCCAAAAUUCACUCAUCCUCACAUUUACCUCGCAUUUGGAGAAGGAAGCACACCAACCCACGAAAAAAAAAACUACGUAGCAGAGCAGCAGCAUAAAGGUCGCAACCGUAUUGAGUGACAGAAAAGUACAACAGAUAGCUUUUCGCCUGCAUAAGUCGAUGUUGUCGGUGAUGGUGAAAAAAAUGGCAGCUAUGAAUCGUAGACAAGCGUGCCUGUGAAGUGAUGUGAAAAAGAGAUAAGGAUAAGCAGAGAAUGGUGAACAUCAGCAACAACGGUGAAAUUCAUAUUCCUGUUUGUUAAGGCGCUGUUGGUUGAAAACAGUGCAUACAGUGCAAGUGUGGGAGGGAAUUGUCAACACUGAUUUCUUCUAGCCGCUAGCUGAGGAGAGGUUUAACCGAGAAGUUGCUUCAGGAUGCAUCUGCACUUUGAAAAAAGCACCAACACCAAGUGCGACUGUUCGAUACUGUCGCUGUCGUGGAUGGGAAAGGUGCCGGACGAUAUACCAGAGGAGGAAGGAUGGAAGUUGAACCGUACCAACUACUACCAGGAAGGAUGGCUUGCUACCGGUAACGUACGGGGGAUUGUUGGAGUUACCUUUACAACGUCGCACUGCAAGAAGAACGUGGAAUAUCCCCUGCGGACAAACUACAACCUUCGGGGGCACCGUUCUGAUGUAAUUCUGGUAAAAUGGAAUGAACCGUACCAGAAGUUGGCAAGCUGUGAUAGCUCCGGUAUCAUCUUCGUGUGGAUCAAGUACGAGGGCCGGUGGAGCGUUGAGCUGAUAAACGACAGAAACACGCCGGUAACACACUUCUCCUGGUCGCACGACGGUAGGAUGGCGCUUAUAUGCUACCAGGAUGGUUUCGUGCUGGUCGGUUCCGUCGCAGGCCAACGGUACUGGUCGUCGAUGUUGAACCUGGACGCGACAAUCACCUGCGGCAUCUGGACACCGGACGAUCAACAGGUGUACUUUGGCACGACUCAGGGUCAGAUCAUCGUCAUGGACGUGCACGGGGCAAUGGUUUCACAGGUUCAGCUCUGCUCGGACGUUGGAAUCACCGCAAUGGCGUGGUCAUGCGAAAAGUUCAAGAUGGAAGAAGGCGAGGAUACGGAGCCAGGAGUUACCAAUGCUUCCAAACGAUCUUUUGUACUAGCUGUAAGCUUCCAAAACGGGUAUAUUUAUUUGCUGAAGUCUUUCGACGACGUGUCGCCGUGUCACAUACAUACGGGAAUGAAUGGAGCGCUGGGGUUCGUCAUGGAGUGGAGUAAUUCGCGGGAGUUGUUGGCCGUGGCCGGUAGUGAACUGGUUCCUGGAUCCCAGAUAACUGAUGCUCACAUAUUGCCGGUUUAUAACAACCUGCUGAAGUUUUAUACUGAAUCGGGGAAUCUGCUCUACUCGGUCAAGAUACCUUGCACUACGACGCCCGUGUCCGCGCUAACGUGGGGUCAUAAUGACAAACGAAUAUUCAUCGCUACGGGAACUCAGGUGCACAUAGCUUGGGUUUCACGACGGGUUGCCUCCUUGCAGCUGUUCUGUAGAUUACAAGUGCAAGCUUCACUGACGUCCGAAGCCAUGCUGCCAAAGUUACCCCUGCCUGGAAGAAUCAAGGCAUUGAUAGGGAAUCUGUUUGCCCAAACCAUUAGGUGCUGCGUUCCGGAUUUGAAAUAUUUGAGAGAGUUUGUCUCCCGACCACCCAUCUGUUCCACGCGGUUACACUGUACGAUGAUCCGACACGAUGAAGAUGCAAACCAAAGCUCGGGUACCUGCUAUACGCUGUAUCUGGAGUUCCUUGGUGGAUUGGUCCCGCUGCUGAAAGGAAAACGUACGUCCAAGAUUCGACCGGAAUUUGUGAUAUUCGAUCCACAGAUUGAUGAAGCUUCCUCUUACGUCACCUACUCAUCAGAUUCUACAAUCACCACUUCGAAAAGUUCGUCGGCGUCGAGCCAUUCGACGAGUGGAACAAACGGAAGGUCAGAUGCCAGUUCGGAAAGCGAUGUAGAUGACGGUUGCCGGUCACCUCGGAUGUCCAGGAAACGGAAAGCUCGUACCAAAAAGCGACAGCCCAGUACUAGCGAUCGAUCGCCCAAUCAGAAUUCUGAUUCCGCGGAGAAUAACGAAGAAUUGGCUUACCUGGACACUCUACCGGAGCACGUUAAACUGGUCGAAGUGACAUCCAAUAUCUGGGGAACCAAGUUCAAAAUCCAUGGCUUGGCGAAAACUCUUCCAGCCAACCUCGGUCAAGUUACCUACAAGACAUCGUUACUCCAUUUGCAACCGCGCCAGAUGACCCUGGUCAUCACCGAACUCCGGGACGAUUUUCCAACCGGGCCGGAUCCUAAUUUUAAUCCUAACAUAUUUUCCGAAGACGAAGAAGAUCACAACCAAACUCAAACCGGUUCCAGUAGUCGCAAGCUAGUCGAAGCUGCACCUCCGAUAGCUCCGAUGUCCCCGCGGCCGAAUCGAUUUCCUUCGCGACCACGUCGUCAAACGCCUUCCUCGCUUGUAUCGAGCGGUCGUCCACCGUUGCCUCACCUGGGACCGCUGGCCCGUGCCGAAUCCUACGAAGAUGACACCGAUGGCCCUGAUGGAGGGGAACCACCGCGAACCAUUGCUACACCUCCUCGCCAGGGAAUUAGCUAUUCUAGUUUUGUUAGUCAAUGCAGUAGACCAUCGUCUGCGUCCAGUAGCCAAUCACGUGUUGCCAUCUCGCCCUUGUACUGCGAAGGAUCCGUUCCAACGUUGCAAUCACCAAAGAAUGCCGUCGCCCCGAGUGAUAUCAUUUUUGAUAGACCACCAGCCGGACAAACUACCCUUAUGAGCUAUUCGAGCAAUACGGACUAUGUAAACAACGUUGUACAGGUAAAAAAUGCGCUAAUGUCGUCGGAUCACAACCGUACCAACAAUCAAUCCCAUGUAAAUCCCGUUCCACUGAAUCUUAAUCUAAAUCUGGAACGGAUAGAGGCCAAAGCCAGUAGUAGUAGAGAAACAUUACAUUCUGCAGCUAGUAGCAGUAAGCAUGGAACCCCGAAAAAGCAGAAUCUAAAGUACAUCGACGAAGAAACGCCGUCUACCUCUGCUACGCCUGUGGUUCAGGAGCCCAGUACCAGUGGAACUAGUACUAGCAAUUGCAACAGCACUCCUGCAGGAUCUACCAUGAAACGCACUCCGACCGUGGUUUCAAUGACACCGGUAGUAACAAGUGGAAUUCCCGAAUCCAUUACCCGUAGCUGUAGCGUAGGAUAUCUAGAUAAUAUGGAAAUUGUUCCCAGUGACGCCGUUCUUUCGAUGAUGCGAAAGGAAACUCCCUACAAGCGGCUGGUCCUGGUCGAUAAAAAGCGACAGAAAAAGUACCGGAAAAACUUUGACGAUCUGAAGAAAGCGAAACUCCGCCAGGGUUGCAAAUCGAAAAGCCUGGACUCGUGCGACAUUCUGCAGGAUUCGCCAAAUUUGAACCGCGACUUGAUAAACCUCUUCCGCCAGAUGCCCAAAGUGAGUGAACUAUCAGAAAAUGAGACUGAAUACUCGUCAUCAGAUCAAAUCGAACGGAUGCGCCCGGCGGUGCAAUCCAGCUGUGUGUCAUCCUCGGGAGCAGCAUCCAAACGAAGGCCGUCGAUGAAAUUUCCCGGUGUAACCGGCUUCACUCAACCUAUCUCCAAAACGCCCAUCCUUAACCGGAAAGAGAAACCAAAGUCUUGUUCCAUUUGCAAGAUGAUUUCACCGACGGUCAACUCGACCGAGUUGGUAUGCGUCAAGUGCCGGAAAAACGGUGGAGCAGCAACUUCGAAUGGAGUAGAUAAAGAAAACAAUAGCAUAGAAGACCAUCAAAAUCACAUUUACGUGGACAUAGUCAGCGCGAAGCCUCCGCAAGCGCCACAGAAGUCUAAGCGAUCCAUUUUGGAACAGUACAUCAGCUCGGUUUACAGUAAUAAUGGUGAACUAGUCCUCAAGGACAACCCCAAUGGAGCAAUCGGUGGCAAGAAUUCUGUUGACAAGAAAAAUAACAAUAGCAAUGCUGACGUCAAUGGAACCUGCAGUACGCCAAAGUCCAAGAUGAGGAAAAACUUCGAAAUCGUUACAAGCUUCACCGAUAGCCCUCUUUUUAGUCGGAGACAUCGUUCUCUAAAUCGCAGUGACUCUUCGAAACUGCAAAGUGAAAAUAAUACGCCUGUGAUGAGCCGGAAGGCCGACAGCGAGGUCAGCAAGACCGAAAAUGGAGAAAGCCGAAGAAGCCGACGAAAGGAUGAAUCACCUCGUCGCCAUCGGCGGAACGACAGUUGUCCUGGGCCGAGCUUGGAAAAUAACAACGGUGAAGGCCCUCCUCUGCAACCGGUUGAAAUCACCCCCAUUGAGCAGAAGGCUUCCGUGUCGUUACACACGCAGGCUUUGACUACUUUGGAGAACAUCAUCAGCCGAUUGCGAGAUCUGGACGAAGGUCGAUUGACACCGCCCUCUUCGCCAUCGAAUUCCCGCUUACCACGUAGUUCACCGGCUUCACCAGCUCCCAGUAAAAAGAGCAAACGCCACCAAAGUGCUUCACCCAUUCGCCAUAUACUGAAUUCUCCGCUGCUUAACCGACGGCAGCGGAAGAAGCAGCAUACCGAAAGCUCUUGCUCGGACGAUGAAAACCAAUUGCUGAAUCAGACCGACGAAAGUAGCGGAGGAAGUGGGGUCAACAAGCAGUACCGGGACUUGGAAACGUUCCAGAAGGCGCAACUGAGACAGAAGCUGAAACGAGGCAAAAUCGAACCGAAUGGAGUGACCAGUUCAUUUCAGCCACAGGCACCGGUGAGGCGAGAGUUCGUUAUGCACAAUAAGGCGCCCAUGUGGAACGAGAAUAGCCAAGUGUACCAGCUGGACUUUGGUGGACGUGUAACGCAGGAAUCGGCAAAGAACUUCCAGAUUGAAUUUCGGGGCAAGCAGGUCAUGCAAUUCGGCCGGAUCGAUGGCAACGCAUACACGCUGGACUUUCAAUAUCCCUUUUCGGCACUGCAAGCCUUUGCCGUGGCUUUGGCAAACGUUACCCAGCGAUUGAAGUGAAAUUCCAUCGACCGGAUGCUGCUGGUCACGUAUAAAAGCAUCUUCAGCAGAAGUUGGAAAAACAAAAUCAUUGACAUAUCACAUGCAAAAGAUUACAUACAGCAAGCAUCGCACGUUUUUAGUAUCGCCACUAUGUUAUGGCAUUGUUCUGCAACUAUUAUUCGUAUGGCUGUUCUGAAUUCGCCGCAAACAGUUGGAAUGUAUGAAUGUUAGUCGUUGUGUGCGCCAGCUUUGUCACCCACCAGUAGAAUUCGAGAUACAGAAAAGAAAUUUUGUGUUUUAAAAUACUAGUUACUACGAAUUUAGGUUUUCCGCCGAUAGCUUUGGUGAGAUUGGUUUCAAAUGUCGCAUCAAUACGUAAGUGAACGUUGUAUUUGAGAUUAGAAAGUAUACAUUUCAGACAGCUUUUCACAUAUCAUCCAUGUGUAGCCAUUCGUUGUAUAAACAAACUAUAAUAUCUACCUACCUACUACAACAGUAAAUGUUAAAACUCAUUCUCAUAAAAUACGUUCGGUGGCAGACUAGAAUUAAGCCGACAUAGUAAAUCUAGCAUGGCCUAUAGACGUAUAGCGAAGGACUGAUGGAACUAUCAAUCCUGGUGUAAAUAUUUAAACCGCCAAAUUAGUCGGAUGGAAAAACCUAGGCUUAAUCGAGACGCUGCUGCCGAGCAGCUGUACUUCAUGUGCAAUGCAAAAGAUUAAAAAAAAAAGUUAAGUUAUGUAACUGUAACACUACCAAAGACGCGAGUUUUGUACCAAUAAUGCGCUUAUCAUAACUGUAAUUGAUUGAUUGAAACCGUUUCGAAUUUGUUCAACUAUGUAUCUAGUCCAAUUUUUGCUUUCAUCAUUGCCACUGUGAACUGUUUCUAGUCAUUUUUGUCACGUUAAUUUUUGCGUACGAGCACGUUCCUCUAGUCAAACUAUAAGCUUUUCUCGUUCCUGUUUACUAUUUUUAUUUCUCUACGUUAGGGGUUUUUCGUUGAUUGAUGAUCGUUCUGUUUACAUUUUAUGGAAGCUAUUUUACGGUUCUAUCGAGUUCGAUUGAAGGAAAGAAAAUAUUAGUAAUUGAGGCAUAAGUUUUGUUUUAGCACGCUAAAAUAGUGUAGUUAGUUCACCAACCGCAAACAAGAAUAAUAAAAUAUACCGCGAAAAGUAAAAAAAGAAAAAGAAGCAUAGGAAAAUAAUCCAUCCAAAGCUGGAAAACUUAAGUAAAACGCAAGCGAAAUUCAACAAAUAGCAAACAACACUUACAAAAUAGUAGCAAACAGCAGCACUAACGUCCGUUUUAAAUAAAUUUAAAAAUCCGAUAAUUGUGAGAAAGCAAACAUUUUUUUUUGCAAACAACACACCAUCAGCUAUUAAAUAUACAAAAUAACAAACAUGACAAACAAAACCCUCGUUGUGAUAGACAAACGAAAAAAAAAAUCAGUAAAAUUUUGUGCGUAAAUCUUUUUGUAACGAUUUUUUUUUACUGAAGGAAAUAAAUGAACAACGUAAAGCAAGAAGAUGAGGUAAAAUUAAAUUAAGUGAUUCAGAAACCAAAUCAAGCUUGAUUGCAGAAGGUGAUGACUUUUAUAUGCAAUGAUUAUUACUUAAAUCGCGUAAAUUUUUGUAAUCUCUCGUAAGCAAACGACCAGUAGAUUCUUUCCAUCAGGGUGUCAACGCAGUGCUUUUCGACGUCAAAGUUGAACCCAUACUGAACCGUAAUGCUUAAAUCGAUAUACUUUGUUUAUCGCGACGAUUUUUUGAAAUAAUCCAGGAAAAACAUAUAUAUUAUACAAAAAAUACCUACGAUGAUAAGGUUUAAAAAAAAUAGUUUGGUGAAUACAUUGAAAUCGGUAAAAAAAAAACAUAGUUUGAAACCUAAAUCGCAACCAAAAAAUCAGAUCGAUCCCGCGCUCUUACUACUAGUUAAAGAAAAAAAACAGAUAGCCCGAUGACGAGAGGAAAAUAAUUUGUGUAGUCCAUUGACACCAGUCACGAAAUAAAAAUUUAAUGUUCCGAAAUGAA